AUGUCGCUUCGAUCGCAUCCGUAUCAGAGCAGCCGACGCGGUGAGAUCCCGACGUCGUACCGAGCAAUGCUCAUUGCUUUGACAACAAAAUCGAAUAGCUUAUCGGGAGCUGACAAAAAACUAUACGGAUGCUGCAAGAGUCGCCAAAUGGAGUACAUUCAAAAUAGGUUGCAUGUGACAAAAAAACACCAAGAGCAAAUCGAUCAAUUGUCAAAAAUUGCCAAGACCAGAUGGGAAUUCGACGCUGUCGAACUGUUAAAGGAUAUUCUUCACGAAAUUCGAAACUCAGAGUUUUCUCUCAUCCGAGUCAGUGAGCCGGUACAAGCGUUUCGGCGAGAGAAACUUCUAUUGGAUAUGGUUGAGAAAUAUCGUGAACGUUACAUUCGACUAUUUCCGAACAAAGCGAACGAAGAUCAUGACGAAAUCGUUCCAGAGGAUCCUUUCAACGCUCGCUUCGGAACCCGACCGUUGUGA